AUGUCUGGUCAGUUGGUGACGUCACACCUGCCGUUAUGUCUGAUCUUCGACUGUGACUUCGUGGGCCGCAGUGUGCAGUACAUCCACAACGGCUCCCCGCUGCUCACCAGCGACACGGUCAAGCUCCUGGUGCACAAGUUCACCGGAACCAGGACCUACACCGAGCCGGUGACCCUCCGAGUGCACGUCCGGUCAAGCAGCCAGGAUGUGGUCACUCUGGGUCUCCGCUCCCUGGUCGUGCCGGAGCUGAACGGUCUCUCCAACGUCAUAGACGCCUCCACGCUCCGCUUCCACUACAGCUCUAGUCAGAACGUGUCGUGUGUCGUGGGAUUCUCCACCUUCUUCUCGCCCUGGCCGCUGGUGGGUCAGAUGGUGAGCGGCGAGCGGAGGCGGGUAGUGGACAGUCUCAAGAAGGACUGCCGUGAGUUCCUGUUCAUGAACCUUCACUACGAGCACCUGCGCUCACCCACGCCAGAUGUGGAUUAUCUGCCCCUGACUGUGGAGCUCUACGACCCGGCGGUCAGCGAUGAGGUGGUGUCUGAGCGGUUCUACCUGCCGGUGCACAUCAAGGGGGCGUUCCCCAACUCUCCGCCUCACGCCUCCUUCAUCAACAUGUACAUGAUGGACGUGGAUCAGUUCGUCCUCUCCACCAUCAUACCAGGGGUCAUCUCUGCCGAGGACUACGAGACUCCCAAGAGAGACCUGGUCUUCAACAUCUCCAAACCUUUUGGGGAGGGCAAAGGUCAUUUGGUGCAUCUGGACAACCACGCCCAGCCGAUAUCCUCCUUCUUACAGGUCGUGGACAAAGACAACAUUGACCGCGUGCGGAUCUACGUGAAGGGAGGCCUGCAGCACGGCACCAUCUCUGUCAGCGGUCAGCCGGCCGUCAUCUUCUCCAUGGCCGAUGUACAGGCCGGCAGGCUGGUCUAUACACACGACGAUACUGACUCUAGCAGAGACCGGAUCGAGCUGCGCAUCAGCGACGGCCACAACACGGUGCUCUCCUCCUUCCCCAUCACCGUGAUCCCACGUGACGACACCGCCCCGUACCUGGUGACAAACCUGGGCCUACAGCUCAACGAGGGCGCCACUCGCCGGCUCAGCCAGGACAUGUUGAUGGCUCACGACACGGACUCUCUGGAUGAGAACAUCAUCUACACGGUUGUCAGUUCACCCACGGCGGGGGACAUUAUCAGAAAAAUCCGGCCGUCAGAUUCUGGCACCAAAGUCUUUGGCUUUCGUCAACGGGACGUGCUGAAGGGACAAAUCUACUACCGUCACCAUGGCAACGAGGUGUUCAAAGACUCCUUCACCUUCACCUUGCAGGACCACCAGGAGCCGCCCAACGAGUCCGAGGCCAUGGAGUUUGAGAUUCUGGUCACACCCAUGAACGAGAACCCGCCCCAGAUAGACCCCGAUGCCAAGCGCAUCCUGUACGUGGCAGAGACAGACGUUGCCUACAUCAAGCCCGCCGAGCUACGCUACACAGACGUGGAAUCGACCUCAGGUAGCCUGCGGUAUACGGUGACUACACCACCCUACUUUGUCUACAACCGCGGGGAGAAGGAUGCUGGUCGUCUGGUGGCCACGCACAACAUCUCCAAACUGGACAAAGACACCAAGGCUCCAAAAGUGGUCACUUUCACUCAGGCCGACAUCGACCACCUGAAGAUCGCCUACAUCCCGCCCAAGACCGACAUAGGGCCAGAGUCUCGGCUGGUGCGGCUGGCCUACACAGUGGAGGAUUCCAGCGGGAACAAGCUGUAUGGCCAGACAUUUGACAUAGAGGUAAACCCUGUCAACAACCGCGUUCCUGAAUUCGUCACCGACAAGCUCCUGGUGGAGGAGGGAGGCAUCCUAGGCAUCACCAUGGGUCAGUUGUCAGCGACAGACCUGGACACGCCGGUCAGCAUGCUUAAGUUCAUCCUGGACGCGCCCCCGAGGUUUGGAACUCUCCAGAACGAUGGCCGCAUGCUCCGCCAGGGAUCCAGUUUUAUCAUCGAGGAUCUGACGAAAAAACUCAUAAGAUAUCUCCAUGAUGGAUCUGAUGUUGUUCUGGACACAUUCACCUUGGCCUUGACAGAUGGCACGAACCAGGCCACAAAGGUCAUCUCGAUACAAAUUGUGCCCAUAGAUGACCAGACGCCGACUCUGUCAAAGAACCUGCGGCCCCAGCUCAUCGUGUCCGAGGGGGAAGAAGCCACCAUCACGAGCCGCAUCCUGGCAGCCACGGAUGAGGACACUGACGACGAGAGUCUCGUCUUUCUCAUCGUUCGACAGCCCAAGUAUGGUGUGCUGCAAUUGAGGGGCCAGCCAGCCACAAAGUUCACCCAAGAAGAUGUAAAGGAUGAAAAGGUGACAUUCCUGCACACAAGUGGAGAAAUCGGAACCAACGCGGUCAAGGACAUCGCAUCCUUCAUCAUCUCUGACCAGAACUACCUGGCCUCGGCGGACAUGCCCAUGUAUGACCUCAAUAUCACAAUCACGCCGGUCAACAACCAGAAGCCGGUCAUCCUAUUGGGCAGUCCGGUCUUUGUGGCAGAAGGAGAAUCGUUCCGCUUUAGUGAAGAAGUCCUGAAGGUCAGCGACCCUGACUCAAAGACGAAGGAGAUCCAGUUUCUGAUCACCUCGCAGCCCCGCUGGGGCUACAUCGAGAACACCAAGCCGAGCCCAGGCUCGGAGAAGCUCAACACAGGCGUGAGAGUGAACGCUUUCAAGUACGGGGAUAUUCUCGAUGGUUCUAUCAACUACGUGCAGGCCAACCACAAAGGUGUGGAGCCUGUCAUGGACCAGUUGGAGUUUUACGCCAGUGAUGGGAAACUCAACUCGGACAUGAAGGUGUGCAAUGUCUCCAUUAAGCUGCACAACGAUGAGCGUCCAGAGGUCCAGAAGAACGCCGGUCUGGAGCUGGACUACGGCGACUCGGCCCUGGUGUCCAGCGUGGUGCUGCAGGCGAACGAUGACGAUAACGAUGAUGAAGAGCUGACCUAUCUCCUUGUGGAGAUUCCUGCUAAAGGCUUUCUCCAGUAUUGCCCCGACCCACAGUCGCAGUCGUUAGAGCUAGACUGCCGAGACCUGGCACUAGGGGAGAACUUCACCCAGACAGAUGUGGAUUUGAACCACAUACGCUACAUCCACACCACCAGCAUGGGAAGCACCGAGACUGACCGCUUUGUCUUUGUGCUCACAGAUGGAACUCACAAGAGACAUGAGGAAACUUUUGAGAUUCGCAUUCGCAACUCUAAGAAAGCCAACAUCGCGGUGCUGAACAAAGGCAUGGUGGUGCGCGAGGGGGAGCGGGUGGCCAUCAGCACCAACAACCUGAGCGCCAGCGAUGAGAGCACCAGGGGAGCGGAGAUCGUCUUUGCCGUGAUAAGGCCGCCCCGCCUGGGUCAGAUCGAGCACAUCAAGAGACGCUUCGUGCCCAUCAGCAGCUUCACCCAGCUUGACAUCGCGUCUCAGCGCGUGGUCUACAACCACCUGACCAAGAACGAUAUCGUGGAGGAUUCCUUCACCUUCACCGUCACCAACGGGCUGAGCGAGGCCAAGGACGGAGAGUUUCACAUCAAUAUCCAGCCCAUGGACCGCGUGCUGCCGUCUCUCAUCGCGAACACAUUGCUGGAGGUUGUGCAGGUUUAGACAACUUUCUCUUCACCGUCAGUGACAGUCGCCAUGAGGGUUUUCUCCUCAACGGCAGUCUACAGAACCAGCCGUCCAUGUUCAGCAUCUUUGUCCAGCCCCUGGUGGAGGAUGCGCCCCGACUUGUGGUCAACAAGAGUCCAGAACUGCUUCAGCACCUGGGCCGCCGUCGCUAUGGUUACAAACUGACCAGUAAAAUGCUGCGGGCUGUUGACUCUGACUCAGACAGCUCCAGUAUUUGGUUUGUGAUGACAUCUCGUCCCAAAUAUGGUCAUUUGGAGAACACAGUUGCUAAGCGCUAUGUCCGGAGACGAUUCACACAGCAGGACUUGGACUCAGGCAGUCUCCUGUACAUCGUGAAUCAGAAAAGCAACAAUUACCAUGACUCGUUCACUUUCCGCGUUGAGGACAUGAGGGGCAACGUGCUCGCCGGACAGAGGUUUGAGAUGAGCUGGUCCCGUGUCGAGUUCGGCCAAGAGGAAGUGGUGGUCUGCGAGAACAUCGGCACACUGAACAUCCCAGUGUCCAGGACCGGCAGUCUGGAACAGUCGGCGUUUGUGAGCAUGCACAUCCGCGAGAUGUCCACAAAGAGAGGCCAGGAUUUCGUGCCCAGCACAGCCAAGCAAAUCCAGUUUGAUCCAGGAGCGUCCAGAGCCACGUGGUCUCUGACCAUCCCAGACGAUGGACUUAUGGAGCCCAACGAGAAGCUUCGCCUUAGCCUGGUCGAGCCAAUCAACACCAUGCUGGGCGAGAAGAGAAAGCUGCGGGUGGUCAUCAUCAAUGCUGAGAACGGUGAGUGCCCGCAGUACCUUGGCAUGAUCAGCAAAUACUCCAACGGAGAGGAAAUGACAGUGGGCAGUCAACAAGGCCGGCCCAUCCCCACGGCUGGUGACUCAAGAGAUCAAGUUACUCUGUUUCACAACAUUGGCAACAUCCCUCUGAGCAAUGGCUUCGACAAUGCGUUCCUCAACACCGAGGCAGAGAAAAAAUCCUCAAUGAGUGAGACCUCCUCACCCUCCUCUCCAGUAACUUCUCUCAGUGGUUCUGGAAAAGGAAAAAGAAGGAAAAACAGAAGGCGAAGGAAAGGGAAGAAAAGAAAGAACAGAAGAAAGAGGAAGAGGAACGGAAGAAAGAGUGAAGUCAUCCUUCCUAGCCCAUCAUCUGCUGAGGUGGACAUCACAUCUCCUAGUUCGAAUGGUCUCACACGACCACAGGGCACAGCGGUAUACCAGGUCCCCAAGAAGUGUACGGCGGAGACCAAAGGCUUCCUGCACUUUGACGACUUCCACUACCAGCUGCUGAAGUGUGACGGGGACAAGUGGGAGCCCUGGAGCCCAAACUCCAGCAAUGACGGGGCAACCAGCCAGGCCUGUCAACAAGGUUGGGUGGAGUACGAGGGUCGCUGCUACAGGCCCGUGGAUGAGCGAUUGUCCUGGGACGACGCUGAGCACAAAUGUCAGAUCAUGUUUAACGGACACCUCACCUCAGUGGGAUCCAUCAGGCAGCUGCGCUGGUUAGUGGAACGGAUGAAUGGCAAAGCUUUCUGGAUUGGUCUCAAUGACAAAGCUGAGAAUGGCAACUGGGUGUUCACCUCUGGCGAUCCUGUGACAGUCCUCAACUGGAAAAUGGGCAAGCCUCGCGUUCGUCGGAUGCCCCACAAGAAGAAUUGUGUUGUGGUGAAAAAGCGAGCAAAAUGGCGCAACAAGCAUUGUAACAAAUAUCAGGCUCGCUAUGUCUGUGAAGCGCCACUGAAUCAGGACCAUGACUCUGCCCCUCGGAAUUCAAGACGAAUGAGAAAAGGACAUUCUCGCCGGGGCGCCAAAAGGCAACGACAGGCCCAGAGAGCCCAUCAGAACCAUGAGGGUUUUUUCUUUGGCAAUUCAUGAAAACUGGAGAAGUAGUCCUAUACUUACAAGCAAAUUUACCUUGAGACAUUUCAAACUUCUCUCCUGGGACUGCUCAGAGUGUGGAAACUGUGAAUGAGAACUUGUGGUCACUUGACCAGGAAACUGACCUGUGACCUCUAACAUAUGAUUCCUCACUCUUAUCUACGGAGUGGUCACUUUCUGUUUAGUAUUUCCCAUUCAUGUCACAGUUGGAAGUACCAAAAGUAUGAUGGACUGACCGAUAGGCUCAAGUCAUAUGAUAAAUAAGUGAUGUAUAUUGUUCAUGUUCCUUGUUCAUGUUCCUGGGUGUGUGUGUACGUUGUUCAUGUUCCUAGAGGUGUGAUGUAUGUUGUUCGUGUUCCUGUGUGAGUGAUGUACGUUUUUCAUGUUCCUGUGUACAUUGCUCAUGUUCCUGGGUGUGUAAUGUACGUUUUUUAUGUUCCUGUGUGAGUGAUGUACGUUUUUCAUGUUCCUGGGUGUGUAAUGUACGUUUUUCAUGUUCCUGUGUGUGUGGUAUAUGUUGUUCAUGUUCCUGUGUGUGUGGUGUAAGUUGUUCAUGUUCCUGUG